CGUGAAACGUUACACGUAUCGAAAGUCGUGUGUUAACAGAGUAGGAGCAAAUAUAAAAGAGGGCCAAAAAAGGAAAAUUAUAAGUAGCGAAUAUUUCAAAGCGGCCAAAGAAACAAAAGUGAAUACACAAAUGGACAAAAAGAUUGAGAAAAUGAACGAAACUAAAGAGCCGAGCAACAAAAUGCCGAAGAUGAGUAGAGAGAGAACAGAAGAUAAAAAAUACGAAAAAGAUGAGGAUGACGAAGUGUUUAUUCCUGAAUUGUGUUGUCAUUUUGUAUUAAUACCAAACAAUACAGAAUCAAAGGAAAGCAAAGAAAAAAGCAAAGAAAAAAGAGAAAAAAUAAAAGAGGUCGAAGGAACCGAGGAAGUCAAUAAAGCUACUGAAAAUAAAAAGUACGAGGGAGAUAAAGAGGAUAAAGAUGAUAAGCAGGACGAAGCUUCUACAUCGGUCUCUUAUUCGGUAACUCCAUCUGCGAAAUUCAACUGGAGGGAAUUCUUAAAUGAUUACAAUACACCUGACUUGCCUCCUUGGGAAACAAUUUUAAAAGAUGUAAGAUUGAAAAAGCUCAUAAAAAGGCUGACAGGAAGUGGAUCAGAUGAAGAUGAUGAGGAAGAUGAAAUGGAGGUGGACAAGAAACAGUUCCAAGAUUAUAUUUCUGAAUUGUACUCAAUCUUCAAGAUAAAAAAAGAUGUAGAAUCGAACGACGAAAAUAAAGAAGGCAAAACCGGAGAAGAUACGGAAACCGAAAAAAUAGAAAGUAUUUUUGGAGAUUAUGAAAUGGAACCAUCGGUUGAAAAUGAUAACUGGAUAAGAGCACUAACAAUUCUACAUGAAAUGCAUCAAAUUGCAUUUGAGAAGGAAUAUAAGGACGAAUAUAAGGAAUAUAAAGACACAUAUGAAAAACAAUAUUUUGAUUGCCUUGCAUUUAUGAGGAAAUAUGAGGACGAAUAUCGCGCCCGAAAAAAGAGAGAAUCGAACCAAGAAAAUAAAAAAGACAAAAUUGGAGAAAAUGUAGAAGAAACCAGCGAAACCAUAAAGACAAGUGAAUAUACAGACAUCGUCAAAAAAAUAGAACAAAUGAGUGAAAAACAAGUGAAAUACAACAAAAAAAUGGAAGAAAUCAUUGAACAACAAAACAAAAAAAUGGAAGAAAUCACUGAACAACAAAACAAAAAAAUGGAAGAAAUCAAUGAACAACAAAACAAAAAAAUGGAAGAAAUCAAUGAACAAAACAAAAAAAUGGAAGAAAUCAAUGAACAACAAAACAAAAAAAUAGAAGAAAUAAAUGAAAAAUUGGCCAAAUUAAUGUCAAUUUUAGAGAAUCCGAGCAAACAAGAAACGGCAACAAACAAAUACGAUAAAGAGUUCAAAGCCGGGGAAAUUACAGCAGGCAAAGAGGAGAAAGAAAAUAUAGAAGCAGCCAAAGAAAUAGAAAGUAUGAAUGAAAAUACCGAAAUCGACAAAAAGAUAAAGAAAGUGAAUGAAAAUAUAAAAGCAGGCAAAAAAACAAAGGAGGUAAUUAAAGACACAGAAGAUAGAAAGGACAAAGAAUCUGAGACAUGCCCAGAUAAAAUUUAUAAUUUUCUGGAUUCCUACUUCAACUCAUUGAAAAUCGAUCUAGAAGGGGCCGCAGAAAUUAUAGGAUGCCAACCCGAAGAAAUUAUAAUACCGGGUAAAAAAAAAGAGACGAUGAAAAAAAAUAUAGAAACGGCCAAAGAAAUAGAAAGUAUGAAUGAAAAUACCGAAAUCGAAAAAAAGAUAAAGAAAAUAAAUGAAAAUAUAAAACCAAUCAAAAAAAGAAAGGAGGUAAUUAAAUACACAGAAGAUAGAAAGGACAAAGAAUCUGAAACAUACCCAGAUAAAAUUCAUAAUUUUCUGGAUUCCUACUUCAAAUCAAUGGAAGACCUAGAAGAUCUAGAAGGGGCCGCAGAAAUUACAGGAUGCCAAUCCGAAGAAAUUAUAAUAGCAGGUAAAAAAACAGAGACGAUGAAAAAAAAUAUAGAAGCGCCCAAAGAAAUAGAAAAUAAGAGUAAAAAUAUUGAAUUAGAAGCGAAAAUGAAUGAAAUUACAGAAACGUGCAAAACAAUAUUGGAGAAGAUUACAGACACAAAAGAUAAAAAAGUCAAUAAAGCGGAUAAAAGAAUAGAAGAAAUCAAUAGAGAAAUUAAUACAGAAGCGAUAAAAAAACUAUGUUUCUUAGAGAAUUUGAGAAAAUCUAUAGAAACAACGUACAAAGAAGAUAAAAGCUUCGAAGAUUACUAUUCUAAGCUUUCCGCUUUCCUCGAGUCUGAACGAGAAAAUAUAGAAAAAGGUUUAACGACUGGAAAAAUGAGUGUAAAUACAAACGAAGCGUCAAUAAUAGAAAAGGAUACAAAUGCACAAUUGAGCACAAUAAAGAACAUGAUUGAUGAGAUCAUGAAAAAAAAUAAGACUGUUUAAGGAAAUGCAGAAGCCCGCAAGAUUUAAUAGUAGUAUAUGACAAGCAAUAAAAUCGCAACCAAAAUACGGUAUACAUCUACAAUGGUGCCACCCUGAACACUUUGCCUAAAGUUUGAUGAGUUAGCUCUUUAUUUAUACACGAUGUGUAAAAUCGAUUUACAUCGCUUAUAAUAGAGAA